AUAUUGUUGCUAGUCUAUGUACUGAAAUUAUAAAAUGAAAUGUAUAGACAACAAAACUGGAAAAGUAUUUGUUGAUUUCUUAAUUUAGAGUCUCCGUUGAUUAGUCAAAUACUGUGUUAUUCCAAGCUGAAUACAGCUGUCCAUUUUCGUUUGGACGUAAGAGUUUAAAUGCUUUAUGUUUUUAUGGAAAGUUAAGCUUCUAUGUAGAUUGCAAGUUAAACCAGUAUAUGGAUAUUCAUGAACCUUGUUCUGAUCAUCCUUCUGUUGCACCAGACCUUUUCCUGUUCUCUCUAGAAUAUAAAGACUGUUCAGGACGACAAGUAAUAGACCAACCUUUAUGGUUCGACGCUUGUGGAGAAUGUGGUGGAGAUGGAACUUCUUGUCAGCUCAGUGGUGACAGUGGGAAAUACCGUUUACCAUGUGGAUUGGAUACUACAGGAAAUAUGAUACAACCAGAUUGUGCUGGUUCGUGUGAACAAAGCAACGUCUUAGUAAGUUUGGGUAAAAAGAUGGUUUGUGUUAGGAAGCAAGAGGAACAUACCAUAACACUAUGUGAUGGAUCUAAAAACAGCUCAGCUUUUAUUAAUAG